UUUUUUACAAAUAUGUACAAAAAAAGACAUGGAAAAACAAGGGAUUUUAAAAAAAACAUGGUAUGUAAAAAAUACAAAUAAAGGAAAGAAGGAUAAAAGUAAGACAACAAAAAUAAAAAACCUUGAAAAAUCGAUUUACGCAGUUGUGGGUGCACAGGGGCCCCAUUACUUCAAUAACUUGCAAUGGUGAGUGAUGAGUCAGUGUGGGGGUUCCUGGUCUUUUAUUGGUCACAUCAGGUCUUACUCCACCCCUCUCGACCAAUAGAAUGUGAGUGAUUUGCAUGAGGUCCCAAACUGAGGAUAAAGACACGCUUGGAGCGGCAACUGAUUUAAACUUUGAGAGAAGCUCUGGACACCGAUAUCUAAAAGUAAAGCUUCUAUACCUCCAACUGGAAUAUAAACCUGCUGCUAAACUGUGAAUUACUGGAUCACAACUGCUUCAACAUUAGAUUUAAUCUUCUAAUUACAGCCGUAAAUAAUUUAACUAAAGUAACAUGGGAAAAGUGGGCAAUUUUGGUUUUAUAACUUGGAUAUGUUUUGCGUCCAUUUCCGCUGGUUUGGCGAUAACGAUUGAGCCGACAACUGAUUCGACCACUUUUAGUAAUAUCAUGGACAAUGCAACAGAAUGGAUGAUGGACUUCACUGACAUUGAAUCCAAGUUCUCCUUUAGAACCAUAGAUGAACCGGAGGAUGAUCUGUGUUAUAUAGUUCCUGGUCAACCACAAACUAUCAAAGAGUGCAACUUUAAUACAGAGACUAAGACUUUCAUAGUUAUUCAUGGAUGGACAGUCACUGGUAUGUUUGAGAGCUGGGUUCCUAAGCUGGUAACAGCACUGUAUGAACGAGAGCCAACAGCCAAUGUCAUUGUGGUGGAUUGGCUGUCCCGUGCACAGCAACACUACCCUACGUCAGCUUCCUACACCAAGCUAGUGGGCAGAGAUUUGGCCAAGUUCGUCAACUGGUUACAGGCCGAGCUUGACUAUGCUUGGGAGAAGUUGCAUUUGCUGGGCUACAGCCUUGGCGCUCAUGUCGCAGGAAUUGCUGGUCUUCUUACUAAAAAUAAGGUUAACAGAAUCACAGGGUUGGAUCCUGCUGGUCCUAGCUUCGAGUAUGCUGAUGCCCAGAGCACUCUUUCCCCUGACGAUGCCCUUUUUGUGGACGUUCUUCACACCAACACUCGGGGCUCUCCGGAUCGCAGCAUUGGGAUUCAAAGGCCAGUUGGCCAUGUGGACAUAUACCCCAAUGGUGGGACCUUCCAGCCUGGAUGUGACCUUCAGAACACUGUGAUGAUGGUGGCCACUACUGGUUUAAGAAACAUGGAUCAGAUUGUGAAGUGCUCCCACGAGCGCUCCGUCCACCUGUUCAUUGACUCGCUAGUAAACAUGGAGCAGCAAAGCUUGGCUUACCGCUGCAGCUCCAAAGACAGCUUCAACAAGGGCAUGUGCCUCAGCUGUCGCAAGAACCGUUGCAACAAGGUGGGCUACAGCAUCAACAAAAUUCGCUCUCGCAGGAGCAGCAAGAUGUAUCUGAAAACCAGAGACAUGAUGCCCUUUAAAGUUUUCCAUUACCAAGUGAAGGUCCACUUCUUCAGCAAGACAAAAUUGAGCUACACUGACCAGCCAAUGAAGAUCUCAUUAUAUGGAAUCCACGGUGAGAAGGAGAACAUCCCCUAUGUUAUGCCUGCUUUGAACACAAACUCUACAGUAUCCUUCCUGUUGACCACAGAUGUGGACAUUGGAGAACUUCUGAUGGUUAAGAUUCUCUGGGAGAAAGAUACAUUCAUCAGCUGGCCCUGGUGGAACCCUGAUACCUUCCACAUCCGCAAACUACGUGUCAAGUCAGGAGAGACACAAUCAAAAGUCAUCUUCAGUGCCAAGGACGGUGAAUUUUCCUACCUUGUGCGUGGAGGUGAGGCCGCAGUCUUCGUGAAAGACAAAGAAGCCCAGUCAAGCCGCAAGAACCAGAGAUUGCACAAGCUGAAGAUGCACGGAAGUUCAUUCAAACAAAACACAGAAUAAAGACGCACUUCCAAAUCCACCUCUGCUGGAAACCUCUACGCAAUCUGCUGGGAACUGGAAUGGUAGAGACUGUAUGUUCUGACUUACUGAAGAAUAACCUUCACCUGACCCAAAUCCUGAAACACAUCCUGCAAGAAACAACUAUCUUGAACAUGUACUGCUGUGCAGUUUUAAAACACAAAAUCACUUUGGACAUUGCAAAGUUUUUCAUUCAAGUUCUAAUGACAUGUCACAGGUCAUUCGCUUCGAGACAAUUGCUGGCUAGACAAUCUUUACUGAAGUAGUUGAAUAUAUGAAAAUUAAAUCUCAUGUGUCUAUGCAAUACACAUAUGCAAGAAUGCUGCAACACAGUGUUUGUUCCAGUCUGUCUGCUUUGGUUAAACAAAAGUGAAAUGUGUUAAAAUACAGCAGGUGUGCAGAAAGGAAAGUGAGGUACUUACCUGCACUUAACUAACAGGGUUUUGCUAGUUGUCUACCAAAGAGAAAAUCAAUAUGUUUAUAUGCACAGUAAUAAUUGAGCUACAGAAGGUUUUUGCAUUGUCAAGCUGUCCAAGUAUGCAUGACACAAUGCGUAAUCGAAUAUUUGACCGUUGCGCAUCAUUUCUGUCUUCCAAAUUAUGCGCACAAGGCCAAGGCUUAUUGUGGUCCUAAUUGUGGUCCAUUUACAUAUAUACACAUGCUGUUAUUGUAUGUUACAUACUUAAAGUGUUAAGUUUAAACUGUUUUAGUCUGACUGAAAUCAAACUUUUAAAGUGCAUGUAAACAUACUUAAUGUUCCAGGAUAGCACACAUACAUUUCCGAGAUGUCUGUUUAAGAUAUUUACAUCUGGAAAGCAUCACAAUCUAAUUAACAUCUAAUAACAUCUACAAUCUAAUAAACAUCUUUAAAAGAUCAGAUUUACAAACAUUCUCAAUCAUAAACAUCUCAAAUACAUCUGCUGAAUGUCUUAUUGACAUCCGAGUCAUACUUAUUGACAUACAUCUUAUGUCACUCGAAACAGGUCUAAAGUUAGCUUGGUUUAGCUCUCUGUUAACAGUAUUACUCUUGAAAUUCCACUUCGAGACUGAACCGCUAUGUUAUGUAGCCAUUUGUUUUGGUUGCACUGUGAAGUAAUUUUCUUAACCAAAGUGAUCUGCUAGCUAUGCUAAUCCUCUUUGCCUCAGUUCCCAAAGCAACCAUUCAGAUUUGCCUUUGCUACAGACGAAAGUCAGUCUGGCAAAUCUGUUGUCUCAAAUUGCCUACAGUUUUCCGAUUGGAUAGCCUUCACCAUUAGGUGUCACCAAAAAUGGGACCAAAUUCACUCUCUGCUGAAUCAAGAUGCAAUGAUUACUGUAAAUAUUUGUAAUUGUCAUUAUAUAUACACAUAUAUACAGCUUUUCAAAUGUCUACCUUCCUUUUGUUUCUUGGGUUAUUGUGUCUGGCACAGGUCACUUUAAAGGCUUUGCUCCCUUUGAUCAUUCAAUUUUGUUUGGCUAAACCAGCAAAAGUCAUUAAACAGUUUUGUCUCUUUUU